CCGAGUGCGUGCGUGUGUGCGUGCCUGCCUGCCUGCGUGACGUCAUUCGACGCAAGAAGAGGCGGGAGCCGACUGACGGAGAGUAUUGCUCGCUCACAGUGUCACACGAGCGGCCCGCUGUACUCGUUCUGUUUUGCGGCUUGACAGCUCCAGGGAGGCCGCGUUUGCAUUUCAUCUGGUCUAUACACCCGUUGGCUCGGGUAGCCCGUGCUUCCCGUUUCACCUCGCAGUCGUUUGGGCAGCUUGUGGCCAGUACUUUUUUUUUAUCAGUCUGAGCGCUGCAUCCGCGGCCCCGCUCGCCGGCCCGCGACACCUCCUUCCUCUAACGCCGCUUCUGGGUCUGCGGGAGCACGGAGAGGAAGCGAGAGUCGCUUCUUCACUUUCAUCGUAAAGGCGAGAGGGAAGGAGCGAGCGUGCGAGCGAGCCAGGUAUGGCAGAGGAAACGUUAACAAGAAGUCAAGAGCCAAAGCAGAUCAAGCCAAAAGCAGAAAGUGAGGAGAGAGCGUUUUCCGCAUUUGGAGUAUAACCAGCGGCGGCACAGGAGCCACUCCGCUUCGGCACUUCAAGACACUUCCACUCGUGUUUUUUUCCACCCUCUUCGGGUUCUCGGUCAAGAUAUUUUGUUUUUAACUAUGGGAUUUUGAAAGUGAAUGUUGGCCUGAUAUCUUGCAACUCUGGAUACGAGGCAGUCCAUAAAGGGAGUCCCGCUCGUCGCAGUUUCACUUCGGGGCUGCUCAAGCCCAGUCGAUCCGGUGGAUAGGCACGCACGGACCCCGCAUCCAGCUUGAUGGGUGCGAAACAGAGCAGCCCUUCCAGCAACGGCCGGACCAGGGCAUAUUCGGGCUCGGACCUGCCAUCCAGCACCUCCACGGGAGGUGGUAGCACCAGUAGGAUUGCUCCGGGAGCGGUGAGGUUUUCACAUUAUGGCCCGUCUACACAGGGAGCCUCGGGGAGCAACGCCACCGCAGCCGCCCCCGCGCCACCGCUCGGCCCAAGGACCAGGUCGAUGGGAGGCGCGGGAUCGGGGCCAGGCAGUAGAGCGCAGGGACUCAACCAGUCAGCCCUCAAUAUCCCAAACAGCGGUGGCACCUACAGCCCACAGGACUCCGGGAACAGCACUCCCGAAGACCGGCCGGGGGCAGGGCAUAGGCUGCUGAUCGGCUCUUUACCGGCUCACCUCUCGCCUCAUCUCUUUGGAGGAUUCAAGUGCCCAGUCUGUUCCAAGUUCGUCUCUUCUGAUGAAGUGGACUUACACCUCGUAAUGUGCUUGACAAAGCCAAGAAUAACAUACAAUGAGGACGUGCUGACUAAAGAUGCUGGUGAAUGUGCAAUAUGUCUGGAAGAGCUUGUACAAGGGGACACAAUCGCACGUCUGCCAUGUCUAUGCAUUUACCAUAAGGGCUGUAUAGAUGAAUGGUUUGAAGUGAAUAGGUCCUGCCCAGAACAUCCGUCAGACUAAAGCUCUUAAAUGCUUUUUGCACAGGUUUUGGUCUUUCCUGUAUCAAGAAAGUGAUCUGCCCACACCACUCAAGACUGCAGGAGAUGAAGCCAAUGCCAUCACAGAAACUUUUUUUGCUGUCUUUCCCCACACUGAGUGACUGAAUUGCUUUUCUUAGACACACCGCAUUGAAACUCCACUUAUUUUGGAAGGGAAACAAUCUCUUUGCUCUUCAAAUAAAUUGCCACAUCUCUUUUAUGUGCCAAAAUUUGUUGAAUCAGCUUUCAGGGAUUAAAUCUAUAUAUGCA